AUGAACGUCAAGAGCCACAAUACUAAAUCAAAAUUUACAGUUGAAGAAGAUCUGAAGCUUUCCAAACUUGUCUCAAAAUAUGGGAGCCUAGAUUGGGAAACAAUUGCUUCUAAUAUGACAAAUCGAUCAGCAAGACAAUGCCGCGAUAGAUGGACUUACUACUUGAAUCCAAAAAUUAAGAACCAACCAUGGACUGAGACAGAAGACAAGAUUCUGCUCAUUAAAUACUUCUUAAUAGGACCCAAAUGGAGUGUUCUUUGUCAAUAUUUUGAAAAUAGAACAGACAUCGAUAUUAAAAAUAGAUAUUUAUCCAUUCAAAGGAGAUCCAAAAAAUUUUUGUCAAAAAUUGUCGAUUAUCCAAAAGGGCAGAAAAAUACAUCAGACGAAGAUACUCUAUUCGAACAGAUAUUUAGUGACUCAGUUGAUAUAGAAGAGCUUCUCAAGUUUUGA